CACUGUGAUGGCUGUUCAUCCUUCCAUUUGCAGCCAUUAAUUAAACUAUCCACUACAAAAGACAAUUCAAUCAAGACUCAUUCUUCUUUUGGUCCACCAAUGAAUAAGGACUGUGAACAUUGUUCCAGUAACUUCAAAUUUGGUGGUCCUGUUUGGUCAGACCCAAUUCAUGAUGAUAUUUUUAUCAGUUCAUUGCUGAGUGACCUUCAAGAGACUAAAGAUCGCUUUGCUACUAAUAGCAAAAUGAUUGGUAUGCUCUCAAUGAUGAAAGAAGAGCUCAAUAAUGUGCCAUUUUUUCAUGACUUAUCUCAAUUAUCUUCAGUUCUUCAUUGUAACGUCAUGAGGAUGCUUGAAAUGAGGUCUGCCCUCAUGAAUCAAGGCUACGGAGUCUCUUCUUCUCAUACUAAUCCGCAAGCAGUCAAAACUGAUGCUCCACACUCUGUCGUCUGGGACAUCAUGAGAGAGUGGGUACAGCGUAAUCCAAUAAAGAAAGUAUCUCCAGACUCUCCAGCUGCUUGUAUAUUGAGCAAAGAGUCAAGUACUCAAGUUUC